UGCGUGCGCCCCUCGUCUUCCCCCGCCCGCCCGCUUCGGCUUCCCCAAAAUUUCCUCAGCAAUACGCAUUCGCAUUUGAUUUCCCCCCCAACCCCAACUGCCUCCGCCGCCGCCCUCGGUCCCCACGCCGCCGCCCUUCCCAUGGCGUCCCCCUCCCUCGCCGCGGCCGCCACCGGCCCCGCCUCCUCCCCGCUAGCCCUAGACGCCAUCCCCAUCGCCUCCCGCCCCCCGGCCGCCGCCCCGCGGAAGCGCCCGGUCCUCCUCCUCGACACCCGCCCGCACCCGGCCUCCCCGACGCCCCCGCUCCUCUCCUCCACCGCCGCGGCCGCCGCUGCGGCCGCAUCCGCUCCUCCGGCGCACGCGCGGCGCAAGAAGCCCUCCCACCCGCCCCGGCCGCGGUGGCAGACCGCGCUCAGCAUCGCCGCGAAGAACGCCGCCCUCCUCGCCGCGCUGUUCUACCUCGGCGACCUCGCCUGGCGCUGGUCCCACCCGCCCCCGCCCUCCCCGCCGCCCGACCGCGCCGCGCUCGAGGGCUACGCCGCCCGCGUCGACGAGGUCGAGGCCUCCCUCGCCCGUGCCUUCAAGAUGAUGCAGGUGCAGCUUGAGGCCGUCGACCGCAAGAUCGACGGCGAGGUCGGCGCCGCCAGGGCCGACCUCGCCGUGCUGCUGGAGGAGAAGCGGCUCGCGCUCGAGGGCGGGCUCAACCGUCUCGACGCGAGGGCCGGCGAGCUCGGCGACGCGCUGGCGGGGCUCAGUCGGAUGGAGUUCCUCCGGAAGGACGAGUUCGAGAAGUUCUGGGAGGAGGUGAAGGGCGGCCUGGCCUCGGGUUCCGGGAGUGAGGUCGAUCUGGACCAGGUCCGCGCCCUUGCCAGGGAGAUUGCCAUGAGGGAGAUUGAGAAGCAUGCCGCAGAUGGGAUCGGCAGGGUUGACUACGCUGUAGCAUCGGGUGGGGGGAGAGUUGUCCACCACUCGGUGCCCUACGAGCCUAAACGUGGUAUCUUCAGUGGGUUGCUGGGUGGAGGUAAUCCUGACCCUCAGAAGAUGAUUCAGCCGAGCUUUGGGGAGCCUGGACAGUGCUUUGCUGUGCAGGGCAGCAGCGGGUUUGUGGAGAUCAAGCUUAAAUCAGGUAUAAUCCCUGAGGCAGUGACACUCGAGCAUGUCUCCAAGGAUGUGGCAUAUGAUAGGUCCACAGCUCCAAAAGAUUGCCGGGUGUCUGGAUGGUAUGAUGAGACGUCCGGUGAGACCCAAUCAAGUCAUGCUGCCAAGAUGGCUGCCCUGGCAGAAUUCACAUACGACUUGGACAAGAACAAUAUUCAGACAUUUGAUGUUACAGCCCCAGAUGUAGGCGUGAUCAAUAUGAUCAGGUUGGAUUUCACUUCGAACCACGGAAGCUCACUGCUGACGUGCAUCUACCGCCUCCGGGUGCAUGGCCGCGAGCCUGUCUCUCCAGGCACUGCAGGUUUUCGGGCCUGAGAGCAGUGGGGAAAGGUUUUCAGUACGCUUUAGGGCUUGCUCUUUUUACCCAUUCUGGUUUAGCCCUAGGAUGCUGUCAUGUACAAACUGUAAAUCUAACAAUUGUUUGCUGGGUAACUUUAGUCCAAUGGCAUGUGGCAGAUGUUUAGUGUGUGCAUUAAAUGGAUAUGGAUGUCCAAAAGCUUUUUGUGUCCUGUAAUAUGGGUUGGCGGCUUGCCGCAAUUUGUAGGCUGAGUGUGCGAAGUUAUCAGAAAAAAAAUGAUUCUACUCUGUUUCGGAAAGACA